AUGUAUUUGAUUUUGUCAGCAUUAACAAUUUGCUCUUACGCAAUCGCUCCUCAUGUGUUGACGUAAGGACCAUUUACAGAAACUAAAGAGACUUUUCAAUUCACAUAGCUCUUGGAUCACAGUGACCCAGCCAAUACUCAGACAUGGCAAUAGAGAUACCAUGUGUAUUCCUAAUAUUUUAAUCCCACCAAAGGUGGAGUCAUCUUAUACAUCUGUGGAGAAUGGAAUUGCUAGGGUGUGAGUGACAACUCAUUCUCCUUCUAAUUGGCUAAGGAUCUAGGUGCAGUUGUUAUAGCAUUAGAACACAGAUUCUAUGGACAAUCUCAACCAUUCGGAGCCGAUUCAUGGAGUUUGGAGAACUUGUCUUAUUUAAAUGUCCAUCAAGCCUUGGAUGAUCUCGCCUAUUUUAUAUUGUAAAUCAAGAGACUCAAGCUCCACAGCAUCGAUUCUACAUUGCCAUGGUACAUAAGAUAUCUUUACAUAGGUAUGCAAUUGGAGGCUCAUAUCCUGGGGCUUUGUCAGCUUGGUUCAGAUACAAGUACCCUCACUUGACAGUCGGUAAUUUGGCUAGUAGCGGAGUCAUCAACACAGUCCUAGACUUCUGGGAAUUCGAUGAUCAAAUUAGAAAGAGUACAAGCAAGAGUGGCGAAUAGUACAUAUAUCUCCCUUAACAACAUCUAGAUGUCCCCUCUACUUGCAGUUGUUGAAUGGUUACGUCGACAAGAACCUAAAGAACUUCAACACCAAAUAGGCAUUCAAGGAAUCCUUUAGAUGUGGAAAGAUGACAGACAACGAAUUCAGAUGGUUCUGGGUUGACACCAUCGUCUAAAUGGUCCAAUAGGGAAAGAGAACUAAGUUCUGUCAAACUCUUGAGUCGUUGCCAUCAGUCGAGAGAAUGGCUGAAUACAUUAAGGAGAUCGCUCUAUCUCAAGGAGACAGUUACAAACAAUACGGUGCCUACUACUUAAGAAACGAGACCAUCGACGAGAAUUCUUAACAUCGUCAAUGGUAUUUCCAAUGCUGCACCGAGGUUGCCUACUUAUAAACACCUCCAUAGGUAUGCACAAUAUAUAUUGUAGAAUAAAGAAUCCUUAAGAUCUUAUGAAAUGACAUUGGAUUGGUGGAGAGAGUGGUGCAAUGAUGCCUACUCUUAGGGAGAAGUAGUAUGGCCGGACGUCAGAGUCACUGAAGCCUAUUUCGGAGGUUUGAAUUUGAACGUUGAUCAUUUGAUUAUGACCAACGGAGGAGAAGACCCUUGGUAAAGAGCUUCUUUGACUAAAACCACUAAGGCUAAUAGCAAAGUCAUAACUUAUUUAAUUGAUUGUGACGAUUGCUCACAUUGUGUCGAUUUGAAAGCUCCCAGCGCUAAUGACCCAGCAAUUCUGACAUCAACCAGACAAGCUAUCAAGAACACAUUUAAAUAAUGGCACGACUAAUUUUGGAGUAAAACUCUGAUUGAGUGAUUAAUAAAUAUUAAAGAAAUAUAUAUAG